AUGGCUGGUGAGCGAGCCUCCAAGGUCGGCAACGCCCUCGCCAAGGGCUUGGGCAUCAAGGUCGCCUACCGCGACCCCAUGGGAGCCAACGACCCCGUCACCCGCGGCGAAUCGACCUUCUCUGUCGGCACCGUCGACACCUACUCCUACAACGAGCCCGAGCCCACCAGCGUGGAAUGGAUCCGCGAAAUCACGCCCUCCUUCAAGCAAUUCGUCAAUUACCUCAUCUCCCUCUUCCCGUUUCUCAAUUGGAUUGGCCGCUACAACCUCCAAUGGCUCAUCGGUGACUUGGUGGCCGGUAUUACCGUCGGUGCCGUCGUCGUGCCCCAGGGCAUGGCCUACGCUAAAUUGGCCGAACUGGAUGUGCAAUUUGGGCUGUAUUCCUCGUUUAUGGGUGUUUUGAUCUACUGGUUCUUUGCCACGUCCAAAGAUAUCACCAUCGGACCCGUGGCGGUCAUGUCCACCUUGACGGGUGAAAUUGUGCUCCAGGUUCAAGCCCAAUAUCCCGAUAUCCCCGGCAACGUAAUUGCCUCGUGUCUCGCUGUGAUCCUGGGCGGCAUUGUCUGCUUCAUGGGUCUCAUCCGCUUGGGUUUCAUCGUGGACUUCAUUCCCCUGCCGGCCAUCUCCGCGUUCAUGACUGGAUCGGCCCUGAACAUCUGCUCUGGCCAGGUGAAGACCAUGCUGGGUGAAACCGCCGACUUUUCCACCCGCGGUGCGACCUACCUGACCAUUAUCAACACGCUGAAGUACCUCCCUACUUCCACCAUUGAUGCGGCCAUGGGUGUGACUGCUUGUGCGAUGUUGUACAUUAUCCGUUCAGGCUGCACGUACGCCGCGAAGAAGCACCCAUCCAAGGCGAAGAUUUGGUUUUUCGCCUCGACGCUCCGCACCGUCUUUGUGAUCUUGUUUUAUACCAUGAUCAGUGCCGCCGUGAAUCUGCACCGCGAGACCCCCAUGUUUUCCCUUCUGGGCCACGUGCCUCGCGGUUUCCAAAAUGCCGCAGUGCCCAACAUGGACCCAAAAAUCAUUCGCGCCUUCUCAGGCCAACUUCCGGCUGCUGUGAUCGUCCUUCUCAUCGAGCACAUCGCCAUUUCCAAAUCUUUCGGUCGUGUCAACAACUACAGCAUCGACCCCUCGCAGGAAUUUGUUGGUAUCGGUGUCACUAACCUGCUGGGUCCUUUCCUCGGUGGUUACCCGGCCACUGGCUCCUUUUCCCGAACCGCCAUCAAAUCCAAGGCCGGCGUGCGCACCCCUUUGGGUGGCUGUAUCACUGCCGUCGUGGUGUUGCUUGCCAUCUACGCUCUUCCCGCCCUCUUCUACUACAUUCCGCAGGCGUCUUUGGCCGGUGUCAUCAUCCACGCUGUCGGCGAUCUGAUUACCCCACCCAACGUGGUGUACCAGUUCUGGCGUGUUGCCCCUCUCGAUGCCAUUAUUUUCUUCAUUGGUGUUCUUGUGACGGUCUUUUCUUCCAUCGAAGAUGGCAUCUACUGCACCAUCUGUGUCUCCGUGGCAGUUCUGCUUUUCCGCGUGGCUAAGGCUCGCGGCCACUUCCUCGGCCGAGUGACUAUUCACUCUGUGGUGGGAGACCACCUGCUGGACGGCGAUGGCAAAUACGGAUCCUUCGGAACGACCAAGUCUCCUUCCGAAGAUGAAGAGGAUCACACUCGCUCCAUCUACUUGCCCAUCAACCACACUGAUGGUUCCAACCCUGAAGUCGACAUCGAACAGCCCCACCCCGGUAUCUUCAUCUACCGCUUCUCCGAGGGAUUCAACUAUCCCAACGCCAACCACUACACCGACUACCUGGUUCAGACCAUUUUCAACAGCACCCGACGCACCAACCCCAACGCUUACGCUCGACCGGGUGACCGCCCAUGGAACGACCCGGGGCCGAAGCGUGAGAAGGACCGUCAAGAGGCCCUUGAAGAUCCUCGGCCACUUCUGCAGGCUAUCAUCUUGGAUUUCUCCUCGGUCAACAAUGUCGACACGACUUCGAUUCAGAACUUGAUUGAUGUGCGCAACCAGUUGGAUAUGUAUGCAUCGCCACGGUCCGUGCAAUGGCACUUUGCCCACCUCAACAACCGCUGGACCAAGCGUGCGCUUGCCGCCGCCGGAUUCGGUUACCCGACUCCCGCUUCGAGUGAGGGCUUCCACCGCUGGAAACCUAUCUUCAGUGUGGCCGAGAUCGAGGGUAGCUCUUCUGCUGCCGCUCACGCCGAAAUGAUGACCAACGAGCACCAGCACCACCAGCCCCACGAUGAUCUGGAGGCUGGCCUGAAGAGUGAGCACACGACCAGCGAGCUCGAGACCAAGGGCAUCGACACUUCUUCCGAGGAUAGCACUGUCAUCCGUGAGGACAAGCUUCAGCGCGAUUUGACCGACAGCAAGGCCUACCGCAGCCGUCGCAAGGUCGCUCUGGUCCAGGGCAUGAACCGACCCUUCUUCCACAUCGAUCUAACCAGCGCCCUUCAAAGCGCGGUGGCCAACUCAUCCGAGGAGAUCCCUCUCUAA